AUGUGUGCAAUUCGACAUUCGCCAGGGCUGAACAUUUGCGCAGACACGCUCGGAUUCACACCCUCGACAAGCCUUACCAAUGCUCCCUCUGCAACAAACACUUCUCACGCCCUGGAAGAUGACAGCGAUGUCCUGCAUCUGAACGAAGACGCUCAAUUUCUACCAAACCCCGAUCCUCAGAUUACUAUCGGUUCAGAAAAUCGCACUAUUGCUGCGACGAUUUCGUCUGGUCUAGGUGUCGCUUCAGGCGAGCCAAUAAUAUGGACGACUGGGUUUUGCGACAAUGCUGAUUUCAGCGCUUUCGAUCGGCCAGACACAACAGCCUUUGGCGUGAACUGGAUAUCGCCACAGUACGAAGACACUGUUGAUUGGAGUGCUAUCAUUGAUGGAAUCUCUACCACCGCUCAUAUGAACGAACAUUCGGGAUCCUGGGCGGCGGAAGGGAGCAUCGCUAUACAAGGACGUAAUGUGCAAGAUAAUCACCUUCAUCAGCAACAGCGGCAGCAAGCACAACUACUGUCUAAUGGUUCUGAGUUAGCACCUUCUGGACUUGUCCCCGGAUCUGCUACUAGUGCGGAUACAGCUGAGAACCUUUAUUACGUCGAUGGUAACGGUGCAAGAGCACCAUUCGGAGGCAGAAUUCGUGAACGCGGCUCAGUUGUGGCAAGCGAAGAGCUGCGCGACACGGCUUGUGAUGUCACAAGGCCCUCUAUAUCCUCAACGUUACCUGCAGAUUUACAGCUUUUCCCGCAAGCUGCGUACGACAAUCUUGUUCAGAAUGUUUCGUCGGAGUGCGCGCAGUAUGGCCUUGAGAGUAGAUUCACGUCUUUGCCUCCCCCGUCCUUGAUGCGACUCUACGUCUCCUGCUACUUUGAGCAUCUUCAUCCUAUAUUCCCUUUCAUUCGUAAGCCCGGUUUCUCUAUCGUAGCAUCAAAUGAGUGGCUUUUGCUCUUGGCGGUCGCUGCUGUAGGCUCCAGGUAUAUGCAACGUGGGCAAGGCGAGAACUCUCAAGAGAUGCUGGCCAGAGCUCUGGACGCCGCACUCAGAUACCGCAGAUACGGGUUUUGUCUUGAGCAUGGUGCGUCGACCUGCACUGAUAUAUUUCUGCCAGGCGAAAAGUCUCAAGCAUGCCCAAAUCUUGCUACCUUACAGGCUGGCAUUCUCAACGUUCUACUUUUGCAGCAUUCAGGAAAGAAACUCGAUAUGGAUCGUGCAUUGAUCGACCGCCACUGUCUGGUAGAAGCAUGUCAUUCGCUUGGCUUGAUUUCUGGUGGAUCCCUCACUGAGCACAAUCCAAGCAUCGCAAGCCAAGACUUAACACAGCAGUGGUUGGAAAGAGAGACUAGGACUCGAACAGGGUUGAUGAUAUGGUUUCUAGAUUGCAUCUUCCUUUUCGAAUUCGAUGCAAGGCCGCUCAUGGAUCUGGACGAUAUCAAGUGUUUUCUCCCGUCUCAGGAUGAAUUUUGGGACGGUGCGGAGCUUCAACCUUCGAUAAAGAUAAACGCGACCGGUUUGACACUCCUCGGCGCACUAGAACUGAUGUACAUGGAGAAAAAGCUGCCACCCAGUAUUGGUGAAUUUGGAACUUCCAUUCUGGUGAACUCCAUAUACAGGCACACCCGAAAUGUGUUACGAAGAGAAUCUUACCCACUGAGUUCUUGGACGCCCUCGGCAGUUGCACAACGAGUCGCGAAUCAUGAAACGGUGGAGGAUCAUCGCGGUUGGUUCCCGACCAAUUCUACAACACUCAAAUGGCGUAACAUACGUAUAAACCCUCGCAUCGGCAUAAGUGUUCUGGAGCCGUUCGCAAUCUACAUAUCGACCCUGGUACUCUGGGCAUUUUGUACAUCAAUGCAACUUCCAGAAGUCAUCGAAGCAGUCGCUCAGGACUGUGGAACUGAACCAGAACCGCGUUUCUUGCACCUGGACAGACCACUAGAUGACGAGUUGGUGCAGACCUUCGUUCGCUCUGGCCAUAGGAUCUCUGCAUACAUCUCUCGAAUCGGCAACAUUUCGGACCCAGGCGCACCCAGCAAGAUACUUGAGGAAGGCAUAAAUCUGCUUGCUGGCCGUCCCCGUACUACAAACUCUGAGAGCACCAACACGAACUCCGCACAUUCUACCGGUUCAUCAAUCCCCUGGGGCAUCGAACGAUCGUACAUGGUUCUGCUCCGUGAUCUCCUGCAAGCCACCGGAGAACGUUGA